GCUGGUAAACCUUGCUCUUGCUCUUAUCUACAGUUCCCAGACCAAACCACUCAAGCAUCCUCACUCCCCUAAUCCCUCCUCUCCAUCACCACCAGUUUUCCUCUUGGUCUCCUCUGCUGAUUCACUCAGCCUCCUCUCUCCACCACAUCCCAACCAUGGCCUUAGUUCUGCAGCUGCUACCACUUUUACUGUCAAGGGCCCAGGGGGACUCUGGAGCUUUGCUGACCGGCCACCCAGGGGACCGGGUGAAUCUCUCCUGCUUAGGGAUAUCACGUCCGAUCCGCUGGGCCUGGGCUCCUAGCUUUCCAGCUUGCAAUCGUCUGUCCAAGGGACGCCGCCCGAUCCUGUGGGCCUCUUCGAAUAGGACCCCCACAGUGUCUCCCCACCAGCCCUUUGCGGGACGCCUGCGUGCCCUGGACCCUAGCAUUCGGCGACUGGAACUACUUCUGAGCUCAGGGGACUCAGGCAUCUUUAUUUGUAGAGGACACCUCCAGAAUGAGAGCCAGACUGUGCUCCAUGUGCUCGGGGAUUCUGCUGAGUGCAAGGCUUCCGUGCCUAAGGCAGGGUCCAUGUAUCCCCAGAUCCUAAUCUUGAUGCUGGGCGUAGGUCUGAUGCUGGGACUUGGUGCACUGGGCGUGAUCUUGGGCAUGAUCUGGUAUAUACGAAGGCGCUCGCCCCUGCCCCUGCUUCCACCACGCCCCACAUUUGCUCUGUCCCCCCCAUGUAGUUCCACUCUGGAAAGCCGAGCCCCAGAGACCAGUAAAGGAGGAGCCCAAGAUUCCAGAUGACCCUGACCAGGAGCCGAGCCUGCUCUAUGCAGACCUGGAUCAUAUGGCCCUCAGAAGGCCCUGUCGGCUAGCUCCAGCAGUCCCAACUGAUGCCUCCACAGUCUAUGCAGUUGUGGUGUAAAGGAAAGUCUUCACUUCAAACCUUCCUAGCUGGAUGUGCCUUCCUUUUCUUUGCUUCUUUCAUAGAAAAAGAAGGCAUCAUGGAAUAGAAAUGAGCACAAGUCUGGGAUUCAGAAGACUUGGGUUCCAGGCUAGCUUUGCCAUUGACAUUGCUUUCAGUUACUCCAUUUCCUGUAAAAUUUUCAUGUUUUCUUCACUCCUAGUAUCCUCACUAAAAUGAAUCAAGUCCUGUCUCCCACCACAAGACACCACUAACUUUCAGAUAACUGACCCAUCACUUCCCUUCACAGUCAAAGCUCUUUGAGCCUUCCUUCAGUGCUCUAGGAGCCAGGCUUGAACCUGGGUUGUACUCAUGACAAAGCAAGCACAGUAUCCAAGUGAGCUCUUUCGACAGGUCUUCUUACUUUCUUUCCUUUUUUAUUUUAUUGUUUUUUUUUUUUAAUUAUUUAUUUAUGACAGAAAUGAGAGAACCAAGCACCAUUCUCGCACGUGUGUUGCUGAGAGUUGAACUUAGCACUUCAUGCUUGAGAGUUCAGUGUGACAUCUCUGGGUCUCUUUUUCUUCAUUCCACUGUCACUGCUCGUCUACUGAAACUAUUAAUCUCCCCACACAAUUGCUAGUAACGUCCUAAUGUGCACACCCAGAAGACAUUUUUUUAUUUUUAUUUUUUUGCUGUUGUUUUCCUUCUGGAAUCCUCAUCCUUAUUCCUUAACUCUGCAAUGUUUCCAACCAAUCUAAAUUUAAGCCUUUCUUUGUCUGCCCUCCCCUUAAUUCUUCUGAGUUCUUACCCGGUCAGUCCUCAGUCCUCACCUCCUAAAUGAUACCCAAGACUUUCCCCAGUUCAGACCUUACAUAUGGAUUUCAAAAUUGUUCCUCAAACAUUCCUUCCUGGCUGGCCCUUGGUAUUUUGCAUAGUGUAUCCAGAAUACAACUCAUUGUCAACACCCAUGCUACUCACUUAAUCCUGCUCUACAUUCUCUCUUGAUCAACCCAGUUGCCCAAGUCAGAGCCAGGAGCCUUGUGGCCCUCUUCCCUCUCUCACUCAUACAGUCACUUCAAUCCUAUUCUAUUUUAUUGUCAAGGUCAAACCUACACUGUUUUCACACUUAGGGCUUCCACUUGAAGGCACUUUCCUCAUAUCCACCCUGUGUUGCCCUUAGUUGCACUACAUCUUACUACCCUAACCCAUCUCCUUGAAACUAGAGACCACUUCCCCAAAUAUUUGCCUCUCCUGACAGUUUGUAUUUUAGAAUUGCAGUAUUUUUUCUCUCCAUAACUUAGAGAUUUGAAUCCUUGAACUUUGGUUGAAGUGACAUAGCUCUUUGCUGCUCUUCAAGCUUACCUCUUGCCACCCUACAGCAUGCUAACCUUAGGGAAAAGUCUUCAAAGCCCCAAAUAUGCCUUUGUUGAGUGCAAUCAGUUCUUUCUGGAUUACCCAUUUCUCAUCUCCUUUUAUCUGCUGUGCCAAUUCUUAUUUAUCCUCAGUUCUUUCUUUGCCCACACUUGCAUACACCUUGAUACCCUAAGAUUACCCUUUAUUUCUCUCACAAUAGUGUCUUAUGAAUUGUUCCAUCACAAUCUGUAUUUCAAUGUGUAAACAAUUCUUAUGUACUGUGAGUACUCUUGAUUAUCAGGCAAUUGAACUUUUUUAUAUUAUUGCUAAGCCUCAGUAAAUGAAAGUGAAUGUUC